AUGUCAAAUCAAAAUGCUUCUAUUGCAUACUUUGGACCUGCAGGCUCAUACACUCAUCAGGCAGCACAUGAAAGAUUUGGUAAUGAGAUUCGUUAUAUUCCACAAGUGACCAUUGCUGAUGUUUUUGAAGCAGUCGAGAAAGGUCUUACAACUUAUGGAAUUGUACCUUUUGAAAAUUCUACAUUCGGAUCAGUUGUUACGACUCUUGAUAAAUUUAUUAACACUGAAACUCAAAUAAUCGAGGAAAUUUGUUUGACUGUGAGCCAUUGUUUACUUUCCAAUUCACCAAUUAACUCAAUAAGAAAAAUAUAUAGUCACCCACAAGCCUUUGGUCAGUGUCAAAAUUGGUUGGAUCAACAUCUUAAACAUGCUGCACGUGUGGAGUCUUCAUCCACUAGUCAUGCAGCUGAAUUAUCUGCUUCAGAACCUGGCUCUGCUGCAAUAUCAAGUAUCAUAUGUUCAAAAUUAUAUGGUUUGAAGGUAUUGGAGAAAAACAUUCAGGAUAAAAAUGUUGAUAAUAAAUCAUCAAAUGCAUUAUGUGAUAGUUUAAAAAUAUUUAAAGAUCUCAACAUUGGUCUAACAAAAAUUGAUUCAAGGCCUUCGUUACAAAGAUUAUGGCAUUAUGUAUUUUUUGUUGAGUUAGAGGGUAACAAAGAUGAUUAUAAAAUUCAAAAGGCGUUAGAUAAUUUAUGCAAAUAUUGUAUGAAUUUAAAGGUUUUGGGAAGUUAUUUUGAUAAUAGAGUAUUUUUAUGA